AAUCAUGGACAUAGAAUGUGAUGAAGUGCUUCACAGAGAAAUGAAUCCUAUGGAAGUGGCUCUUCUGGUCAUGCUACACCGAAAACAUUCUGACACGAUAACUUUCAAUGCAUCUGACAUCCGGUGGAAAUGGAAAAAGGGGUCAUUAAAAUCAGAAUUUGAUAAAAGAGUGGAGAAACUUAAAAAAGGGGGUAAAAUAAAUACAGAACAAUCUUCUGCUACUUUUAUCAACGAAGUAGAAAGGGAAUUAUCCAAAAUUGAUUUGCUGAAAUUUCCAAAUGAAAAAGAGGAUGGUGAAAAUUCUUCAAGUGACAUAGAAAGCGAGGAAAAAAUAAACAAUUAUAUGACGGAGCAGAACAUUAAAUUGUCCUCAAUGAACAGAGAAAGAGUGAAGAAAAUAAUAGAAGAUACAGAGUUUGAUACUUCGUCGGACUUUAUUGAAGAUAUGAACAUCAAAGACAAUCUCCUUAAGAAUCUAGAUGAGAUUAAUAAACGUUAUAAAGAGAAAAUGAUGAAACAACUUGGAAACCAACGAGACAACAUGGCAGAAAUUUUGAAUCAAUACCACACGGAACAGUUAGAAAUUGUAAAGAAAAUAGAUGAAGAAAGAAUGAAAGAGAUUUUGAGACGAACAUGUCCUUCAUCUAAUGAGUUGGUGAAGAGUCUGAAAACAGAGGGUGAUCCGAACCUCAGUCAGGAAAGCCUAAACCUUAUAGACAAUAUGACAAACAAUAUUAGGAGGAAAACAACAAUAAAUCCGGAGGAACUGAAAAAAAUAUUCAGAGAAGAGUGUGGCAGAGAGCGACAGUUAAAAGUCGGUGUAGAGUUACCACACAGAGAAGAAGUUAAACAAGGGGAGGACAGAAACGAGUAUAAAAAUGUUCUUGCAAGACAUUAUAGAGAUUUUCCUGAGAUUUCAAUUAAUUCAGUAAUUGUGAGAGGAAAGAAGGUACAAGAAGGGUUUGAUAAAGAACGCCUAAUGCAAAUUCAAGAAGAAGAAUCUGUUUAG